GCCGGAGAGGCAGAACUCAAAGGUCUGAAAACACGGCAAGGUUGAUGGACGGUAGCGGAGAAGAUGCGCCGCCGCCGCCGGCCGCCCUGCGAAGCCCUAACCACCAUGGAGCUGAAGUGCCGGCGACGAAGACGGAUAUGGGAACGGAGUCUGGGCAAGAGGGGAAACCGAAAGUGGUGGUGAUUAUGGGUGCCACUGGUGCGGGGAAAUCCAAACUGGCCAUUGAUUUGGCAGCCCACUUUCCGAUUGAAAUCGUCAACGCCGAUUCUAUGCAAGUCUACCGUGGCCUCGAUGUUAUCACCAACAAAGUUACCGUUGAUGAGCAGAAAGGUGUGCCGCAUCAUCUUUUGGGGACUGUAAAUCCAAAUGUUGAAUUCACGGCUAAGGAGUUCAGAGAUUCUGCUCAUCCUAUCAUCGAUGACAUAAGGCAUCGUGACUGCCUACCGGUUGUUGUCGGUGGAACAAAUUACUACAUUCAGGCUCUUGUAAGUCCAUUCCUUCUGGAUGAUACAACAGAAGAUGUGUCAUCUAACAUGUGUUACUUCAUCCCCGCAGGAGAUGAGCAGACUGAUCUAAUGUCUGAGUUAGGCGGAGAAAUUUUCAGCUGUGACUAUGAUUAUCUUAGAGCCGUUGAUCCUGUUGCUGCUGACAGAAUCCACCCAAACAACUACAGAAAGAUAAAUCAGUAUCUUAAUUUGUACACCCAAUCUGGUGUUGUUCCUAGCAGAGUUUACCAAGGAAAAGCUGCAGAGAACUGGGGCCGUGCUGAUAAUUGUAAGUUCGAUUGCUGUUUUAUAUGCGUUGAUGCCUCUGUGCCUGUACUGGACCACUACGUGGAACAAAGAGUUGAUUGCAUGAUUGAUGCUGGGUUGCUCAAAGAAGUCUCCGAAAUUUACAAGACAGAAGCAGACUAUACUCGAGGUUUGCGGCAAGCCAUUGGUGUUAGGGAGUUUGAGGAGUUUCUGAGAGUUUACCACUUGGAAAUAUUGAACACUAACGAGUUCAGUAGUCUCAAUCAAUCUCCGUCUAUGAACAACAUUGGGAAAGAUAAUAUGAGGGAAAUCCUCAAUUCCACUGAUGAUGAUAAUCCACUCAAAAUCCUGUUAACAGAAGCAAUCGACAAAGUGAAAUUGAACACCAGAAGACUUGUGCGUCGUCAAAAGAGGAUGCAUACACGGCUCCAGAGAUUGUUCGGCUGGAAUAUAAACUACGUCGAUGCCACAGAGGCCAUAUCAAGUAGAUUGGAGGAGUCAUGGGCGACGCAAGUAGUUGAACCAGCUGUAAGAAUUGUCGGAUCUUUUCUCCAGGGGGAUGAAGGGAACCUCUCGACAAACGAUACAUCUGGAUCAAUUGAAAGAGACCUGUGGACUCAAUACACAUGCAAGGCAUGCGGAGACAAGGUACUCAGAGGAGGCCAUGAAUGGGAGCAGCACAAGCAGGGCCGUGGGCAUCGAAAACGGAUAUAUAAGCUUCGGAAGAAGUCUCUACAACUGCAAGAAGGCGGCCUUCCCUGUAUGGAACCAGUCAUCCAGAAGCAAAAUCCUGCUGCUGAUUGAAGUGCCUUUUGAGUUGGUCAAUCGUGCUGACACUCGUGGUUAGGAAUCUCCAAUGCCACUGGAAGCCUAGCGUUUGGACGGACUGUGAAGUUCAGCAUCCAUUGAACAAAAAUUACAAACUUCUUUCUUGUUCAAGCCAAGAAGCAUCACUACUUCAAGCUGGUUCGAGUUUUGGAGAAAUACAUACGAAAUGCACAAC